CAGCAAAUCCACAAAUUAUUUACUGCCCCUGCUUUUCUUCCUCCAGAACAACACAUACGUUUUUAUAAAAUCAAGUCUCCAAGGGGCUUUGCAGUUUGCAAGAAGGGCUUUCCCAUCAUUUCUCCUCUUACACAGCUUGCUAAUCCAAACACAUUUCAAAUAUUUAAGGUUCAGGAUUGUGCAACUUCCAUGACUCCCCCUCCUCAGAACUCCCUUCCAAAAAAAUUAAUAAUAACCAGAAGCACUCCUAUUACAGCACCAGCAUUACUCAUUCAUUCACAUCCAGCCACUCUCUCUCAGCAUUAUUUAAGGGCUUUCAGCGACUCCCUCUCAGAAUCGUCUCUGCUUGGGUCUUACGAGACUCUCUUAAAGGGAGAGACCUUCAUUCAGGGAGACGCUGAGACUUUUAAGAAGCAGCUGGAGAAUCCUGUUUUCUUUUUUUAAAAAAACAAGCAAAGAUGUAUUCCUCUGCAAUCCUGUUUUUGGCUCUCUGGACUUUUGCAUUUACUCAGGAACAUGAUGAGUAUGAAGAUCUCUUCUUCCUGAAUUUUGACAAUGAAAUAGAAAGUGCCAUUCCUGCUACAGAGGAAACUAUUUCAUGCGAUUGUCAGCGGGAACAUACAGAGUGGGACAAACUCUUCAUUAUGCUUGAGAAUUCCCAGAUGAAAGAAAACAUGCUGCUUCAGUCUCUGGAUGAAAUCCUUAAGGUGGAAUUGCAGACUCUGAGAGGGGAACUGUUCCAAUUCGUAGAAAACAUUGCUGGCUCAUGCACAACAUCCAUUGAAAAAGCUGCCUCCCACUUUGUGAGCCAAAUGGACCAGAUGCUGGCAAAGAACAGAGGAGAAUCCCAGGACCUUUUUGCGAUGCUUCCUGAAUCUAAGCUGGGAAAGAUCCUCCAAGAGAUGCUGCAGCUGAGCCAAAAUGUGUCCAACAGACUGAGCCGUCUGGAACAUGCUUGGCAGAAGAAAGAAGAGGUGGUUGCUCAGCAGAGGAGUUUGUCAGAGAAAGUCAGAGUCAGCCACAUCGCAAGUGGGGACGAUUUCAUUGUGAAGUCGCUGUGGCAAGAACUUCAGGAAACAAAAGCUGAACUGAAAGAAUCCCAAAAAUGGACCAUGCAGCACUUAUUACCAAUUGGUUGUGAGACAGCUCUUUUAUUCCCAAUGCGCUCCAAGAAGAUCUUUGUGAGUGUUCACCCAACUGCUGAAUUGAUGCUCCAUUCUUUUACUGUUUGCACGUGGGUGAAAGUGACUGAAAUGCUGGACAAAACAAUUGUAUUCUCGUAUGGAACAAAGAGGAACCCUUAUGAAAUCCAACUUUACCUGAGCUACGGUUCUGUUGUUCUUGCCAUAAGUAGUGAUCACAAGAAGAUAAUUGCCCCAAAUGUCAUCUCUUCUGAAAGGUGGACUCACCUUUGUGGCUCUUGGAACACAGUUAAUGGAAGUACAUCACUGUGGAUAAAUGGAAAGAUUGCGGCAACCUCCUCAGAAAUAGCUGAGGAUUACAUCAUUCCAGAUGGUGGGAUUUUGCAGAUUGGCCAAGAAAAGAAUGGCUGCUGUGUUGGAGGUGGUUUUAAUGAAUCUUUAGCUUUUUCUGGAAAAAUAACUGGCUUUAAUAUUUGGAACAAAGUCCUCAAUGACAAAGACAUAACAAGGCAAACUAGAGAAGAGUCGUGUAACAGCCGAGGCAACAUAGUUGGGUGGGGGGUUACAGAGGUUCUGCCUCAUGGAGGUGCUCAAUAUGUUUUUGGACCCUGAAUUAAUUCACUUCAGGUGCCUGAUUUAUUCUAAGGCCAGUCCCACAGAAUAGUAUGAAGCAAAUUUCCCCCAUUCUUGAUCUGUGACUUAGCCUUGGUUCAUACAGGAAUCUGUGAAUGGGGCGCCACAUGGCAGGAAACCCUUGGGUGUCUGCAACAUCUUUGGCCACCUCACUCCAGAUUUCAUGGACAUCCGAGUCCAUAAAGAAGAAUGGUGCUGCCAAAGGCUGGACAAAUGAAUGAACAGAAUUAUGACAGGGUUAGAAAAAAAGGUAGCUCUCCACAACUAGCUAAAGCCUCUUGUAGAACAAGGAACUUCUGAGCUGGAGACACAGGAAGUGAUUUAAAAUGGCUUCCAUGUGGCAACUAUAUAAAAUGUGUUCUUAAAUAUAUCUCAUUAAAGGUUAAUACUGUAAACAUGUAGUUCUUAAGGGAGGUAUAGAUUCAACAUUGUCUUAGCAAAAAAGCCAAAAAUGUAUAUUGGAGUUCUCGUUAAUGCAGAGGCUGCUCUUAUUCUACAUUUAAUAUUAUGAGAUUCAGAACAGAUGGGUGUCAUUUAUGCAUGCCAUCAACUGGCUGGAUCUUUGCAGAGCUCAAACUGUGUUGUCCUCUUCAUACCCCUUGUUUGUAGAUUUUAUAUCAUUAAUGUGAAUUUUGCAAAGGAACCACCUAAGUGUCAUAAUACUUGCUGUUUUUUCUCUCUGUUUACUGGUAAACACACCUUAAUAGAGCUAGUGUCUUGUCCAAGAUAUUAUUUAUACUGGAAGUCCAUCUAGCAUUCAUUUAAGUACAGUUUUCUUGUUUGAAAGGGAUAAAGCUGUAUUAUAUUGUAAAUUUAUCAUGUACUAACAUUAUUGAAAUUAUUUUUAUAAAAUUGUACUGUAAAUAAAAAUCCUUUAUCAGA